AUGUGUGGGCUGGGCUUCUCCACGGGCCAGGCGCUUGGUGGGCACAUGAGGAGGCACCGUCUGGGCCGGGCCGAUGGCAUGGGUUUUCCUUCUGCUGAUGUGGACCUUACGCAGAUCAUCGUGCAUGGAAGGCCCGCUACCGCUUCCACCUCCCUGCAGCUUCUCAACCUGUUCGUGUAG